AAGCAUUUAUUCCACUGGGAUAGAAGCGGCAGGAGCAGCGUUGGCACCGGCGAACCAUGGCUGGGAUUUUCUAUUUCGUCCUCUUUUCGUUUCUCUUUGGGAUUUGCGACGCUGUCACCGGUUCCAGGGUAUACCCGGCGAAUGAAGUUACUUUAUUGGAUUCCAGAUCCGUUCAGGGAGAACUUGGGUGGAUAGCAAGCCCUCUGGAAGGAGGGUGGGAGGAAGUGAGUAUCAUGGAUGAAAAAAAUACACCCAUCCGGACCUACCAGGUGUGCAACGUGAUGGAGCCCAGCCAGAACAACUGGCUGCGAACUGACUGGAUCACGCGAGAAGGGGCUCAGAGGGUGUACAUCGAGAUCAAGUUCACCCUGAGGGACUGCAACAGUCUCCCGGGCGUCAUGGGGACUUGCAAGGAGACCUUUAAUCUGUACUACUAUGAGUCAGACAACGAUAAGGAGCGUUUCAUCAGGGAGAGCCAAUUUGCCAAGAUUGACACCAUCGCUGCGGAUGAGAGCUUCACCCAAGUGGACAUAGGUGACAGAAUCAUGAAGCUGAACACCGAGAUCCGGGAUGUAGGACCACUGAGCAAAAAGGGGUUUUACCUGGCUUUUCAGGACGUGGGGGCCUGCAUUGCUCUGGUGUCCGUCCGAGUGUUCUAUAAGAAGUGUCCACUCACAGUUCGCAACCUGGCACAGUUUCCAGACACCAUCACAGGGGCUGAUACCUCUUCCCUGGUGGAAGUUCGAGGCUCCUGUGUCAACAACUCAGAAGAGAAGGAUGUGCCAAAAAUGUACUGUGGGGCAGAUGGUGAAUGGCUGGUACCCAUUGGCAACUGCCUGUGUAAUGCUGGGCACGAAGAGCAAAAUGGAGAAUGCCAAGCUUGCAAAAUUGGAUAUUACAAGGCUCUCUCCACGGAUGCCACCUGUGCCAAGUGUCCACCCCACAGCUACUCUGUCUGGGAAGGCGCCACCUCGUGCACCUGUGACCGAGAUUUUUUCCGAGCUGACAAUGAUGCUGCCUCUAUGCCCUGCACCCGCCCACCAUCUGCUCCACUCAACUUGAUUUCCAAUGUCAACGAGACAUCCGUGAACUUGGAAUGGAGCAGUCCUCAGAACACAGGUGGUCGUCAGGACAUUUCUUACAAUGUCGUCUGUAAGAAGUGUGGAGCCGGUGACCCCAGCAAGUGCCGACCCUGCGGGAGUGGGGUCCACUACACCCCACAACAGAAUGGCCUGAAGACCACCAAAGUCUCAAUCACCGACCUCCUGGCACAUACAAAUUACACGUUUGAAAUCUGGGCGGUGAAUGGUGUGUCCAAGUAUAACCCCAGCCCAGACCAAUCAGUUUCCGUCACCGUGACAACCAACCAAGCAGCACCAUCAUCCAUUGCUUUGGUCCAGGCUAAAGAAGUUACAAGAUACAGCGUGGCUCUGGCUUGGUUAGAACCAGAUCGGCCCAAUGGGGUAAUCCUGGAAUAUGAAGUCAAAUACUAUGAGAAGGAUCAGAACGAACGGAGUUAUCGUAUAGUCCGGACAGCUGCCAGGAACACGGACAUCAAAGGCCUGAACCCCCUGACUUCCUAUGUCUUCCAUGUGCGGGCCCGGACGGCAGCUGGCUAUGGGGACUUCAGUGAGCCCUUGGAGGUCACAACCAACACAGUGCCUUCCCGGAUCAUUGGUGAUGGAGCCAACUCCACUGUCCUACUGGUGUCCGUCUCCGGCAGCGUGGUGCUGGUGGUCAUUCUCAUUGCAGCUUUUGUCAUCAGUAGGAGACGGAGUAAAUACAGCAAAGCGAAACAAGAAGCGGAUGAAGAAAAACAUUUGAACCAAGGUGUUAGGACUUACGUGGAUCCCUUUACAUAUGAAGACCCCAACCAGGCAGUUCGAGAAUUUGCCAAAGAAAUUGACGCAUCCUGCAUUAAGAUUGAAAAAGUUAUAGGAGUUGGUGAGUUUGGUGAAGUCUGCAGUGGUCGUCUCAAAGUGCCUGGCAAGAGAGAGAUCUGUGUGGCCAUCAAGACGCUGAAAGCUGGGUAUACAGACAAACAGAGGAGAGACUUCCUGAGCGAGGCCAGCAUCAUGGGACAAUUUGACCACCCAAACAUAAUUCACCUGGAAGGCGUCGUCACCAAAUGUAAACCAGUAAUGAUCAUAACAGAGUACAUGGAGAACGGUUCCUUGGAUGCAUUCCUCAGGAAGAAUGAUGGCAGAUUCACAGUCAUCCAGUUGGUGGGCAUGCUGCGUGGCAUUGGGUCCGGAAUGAAGUAUUUAUCUGACAUGAGCUAUGUGCAUCGUGACCUGGCUGCACGGAACAUCCUGGUAAACAGCAACUUGGUCUGCAAAGUGUCUGAUUUUGGCAUGUCCAGAGUGCUUGAGGACGAUCCAGAAGCAGCUUAUACUACUAGGGGUGGCAAGAUUCCUAUCCGGUGGACCGCGCCAGAAGCAAUUGCCUAUCGUAAAUUCACAUCAGCAAGUGAUGUAUGGAGCUAUGGAAUCGUUAUGUGGGAAGUGAUGUCGUAUGGGGAGAGACCCUACUGGGACAUGUCCAAUCAAGACGUGAUUAAAGCCAUCGAGGAAGGCUAUCGGCUACCUCCGCCAAUGGACUGUCCCAUUGCCCUCCACCAGCUGAUGCUGGACUGCUGGCAGAAGGAGAGAAGCGACAGGCCUAAAUUUGGGCAGAUUGUCAACAUGUUGGAUAAACUCAUCCGCAAUCCCAACAGCUUGAAGAGGACGGGGACAGAAAGCUCCAGGCCUAACACUGCUCUGCUGGAUCCCAGCUCCCCUGAAUUCUCUGCUGUAGUAUCUGUGGGCGAUUGGCUCCAGGCCAUUAAAAUGGACCGGUAUAAGGAUAACUUCACAGCUGCUGGUUACACCACCCUAGAGGCUGUGGUGCACAUGAACCAGGACGACCUGGCAAGGAUUGGCAUCACGGCCAUCACACACCAGAACAAGAUUCUGAGCAGUGUCCAGGCCAUGCGAACCCAAAUGCAGCAGAUGCACGGCAGGAUGGUCCCUGUCUGAGCCAGUACUGAAUAAACUCAAAACUCUUGAAAUUAGUUUACCUCAUCCAUGCACUUUAAUUGAAGAACUGCACUUUUUUUACUUCGUCUUCGCCCUCUGAAAUUAAAGGAA